AAGAGAAGUUUAGGACACCAAUGUGAAAAGCACGUUGAGUUUCUGUGUAGAUGCUCUGGAAAGCAGGCAUGUUCUUGAUGCAUUUAGCUCCAGAUUGAUCUGUUUAUAAAGGUAAGUUUACAGUGAAGAUUCUAAUGGUGAAAACAAAAUAACACAAAGAUUUUUUUUAUUGGAUACAAUACAAUUUAAAGUGUAGAUACACUGUACUUUUGACAUUAGUACAUGUCCCAUUCAACUUCACUGAGAAGCCCAGAACAGAAGAAGCAGAAGCCUUCCAAUAAUGUAAUGCUCAUAUUUUACUACGAAAUUAAUUUCUUCCAGUGUAUGGGAAAGACUUUGACUAUUAAGUUUGAGACUCAUCCAAACCAGUUGUGACCUCAUUCAGUAAUUGUUUUAUUGCUCUAUGGAAAUUCGCCUUGCCACUUAAAAUAAAAGACCUGUAUUGCUGCAGCAAAACAAAAAGACCAACAGUCAAACAAAGAAGUAGUGACAAUGUGUUUAUGCCUUGGUUAUUACUACCCCUUUGAGUUCAACACGUUUCAUACUGGCUGGCCUCGCUGCAGCCUGGCAAUUGGAGAUAGAGUUACAAGAUAGGUUUGCUUGUCACACUGACAAUGGACACUGAGACUGAGGAAGAAUGCUAAAAUUUUAAUGAGGGGAAUCGAUUCCAUUGCCAGGUAACCAAUAGUGGAGCAUACUUGGGCAGGUACCACUCUGUCAGAUGGCUAACAUGCAGCGGUUUGCUAGUCUUUGAAAAAAGAAUCUGGUGAUUGAAAGCGCUCUCCGGGUUUAUAGAGAAAAAUGAAACUCCGAAAUCUAGUAAAAGUCUCAGAAUAACUUUGCCUUCUUAUUUUAGUGUUUCUAGCUGCUUCUGAUCCUCUGACGUUGACGUCUGAAGUGUCCAAAUGCUUUAGAGCUGAAAAAACGGAGCGAGUUCCCGCUAGUGCUAGAAACCUUCAACUUGAUGGUGUUUCAGAAGUGUUGAGUUUUCAACAUCAGAGCUAAUCAUGAAUCCGGCACUCUGGAAAACCUACAAGAGCAAAGUGCUGAAGACCUUCAAUGCGGACCAGGAGGAAGAUUCUGUUGAACAGAACAACGAGGAAGAAACCACAGCGACACCGACCCAAACCCAAACCCAAACCCAAACCGAGGAGGGCCCAAGUUCUGUCGCUCAACUGGCCAAGAAAAUGCAGGGAGCUGGAGUGAAGGGCUGGAAGAGCAUGGCCUCUGUGUUUAACAAGGAUGAUGAACAUCAGCUGCUGGCCUCAGAGAGCAACACCCCUGCUGCUGAUCACCCACUGGCAGUUAAACCAGAGGAACCUCGCCAGGAGAAGAGAGCCACGGGAUUCUGGGACAGCUUUGCAGUGAAGUGGCAGCAGGCCUCCGCGAUGAAAGAGGGCGGCGAGGCAGAGCUGCAGGAGAACGAGGCUGCUGCAGAGGAGGGAAGGCAGGCCCAGGAAGGGGGCCGCGAGGAGGAGACCAGCUACACCACCCUGGGAGGCCCCGAGGAGACCACCUUCAAGUGGAGCUUCAUGACCAGCAAGCUGGCAGAGCUGAAAAGCAAAAGCAUUGCCAAGACUAACUAGCCCGUGUGAUCGUCUAGGGGAGAGUGGCUUUCGCUUGUGGAUUGGUUUGCUAGCUCCAUGCACACUUUACUUGGGUGAGGGGAAGGUCUUUUGAAUAGUCUCCAGAAAGGGGGUCUAGGGGUCUGGACAGUUCAGUGUGGGCAAAUGAGGGUCUUAAACUGCCCCCAUUCUCUCAAGGAGGGUGCUGCGUUAUUUAGGAAAAUAACUAAGCAGUAUCAUUUCUAGAAUUUUUAUCCACCCACAAUAUUUGGUCACUUUAACACUUUAUAGAUGCUCUAUACUGUAGAUUAUUUAAUGAUAUAUUAAUAAGGCAUUAUAGCGCUAAUUACACGCAUUAGUAACAACAUGUAGAAAAGUUAAGUUAAACAGGGUAACAUUUGACUGAAUUUAGCAGGGUUCAAGUUUUUACUGUGGUCGGACCCCACACCUCCACACAAGCAUCGGCCCCAGCAGUUUUUGCAAAGCUACCUGCUGCCAUCUGUUAACAUUCAAAAUUCCUUUCCUUUUUAUAAAUUUAGUUUGAAGAAGCCCUGGUAGUCAUACAAACGUAGGCAUCAUCUCACGGUUAAUUAUAAACUUAAUGUGCAGUUUUAUUUUCAAACAGCAGGACUAUUGUUUUACAGCAGCACCUGCGCAUAUUCAUUCUGUAAUUAUUAAACAGCCUUAUUACAGCAAUAAAACUUCUGCAGCUGCUCAGCUAGUGGCUGAACAAUAACUCAAUGUAUUUAUUAGUUUCCUGCUCGUGAAGGUUUCAGUUAUGUGCUGAAGCUCACUGAAGAAUUCUAUUUUCCUCUGUGCUGGUAUAGUUAGCAGAUGCACUUCAAAAUACAGGUGCAUUCAGUACACUGCAGCUGCACUGUGCGUACCAUAUUAUUUAUUACAUGUAUGUACAGCAAGAAGUUAUGAUCAGGAAAGUAAGUUUAUCUUUGUUAAUAUAAGGUGCUUCAUCCAUAAUCACAGGGCUCAGUACAGAGACAGGUAGUAAAUCAUUAUUACAUUAGGAGAAUGCACCUGUAUUUUGAAGUGUAUCCAGUUUAUGAGCAUUACUGUGUUUGUUUUUUUUGAAUAUGUUUGCAAACAAUGUUAUUACACACUCUGAUCUGUACUAGAGACUGUCACAAAAUAAAUAAAAGCCACAAUUACUAAAAACUUGAAAGCUACACUGCAGUAUGGCACUGUAUAUACCAUCCAUGCAGAAACACUAUUGCUGGAUACAAACUCCAAGGCUCUUCAAAGUAAUUAGCCUAUACAAAUUUACUAUAGCAUAUUUCCACUUAAUCUUGCAUUUUACUAUGCUUACUGGAGGUAUAAUGGAAAAUUGGACAGGUUAAAGACCAUAAUAAUUAAUGCAUAUUACUCAAUAAAGUAUUUGUUGCCUCUUCAAAGAAAGCCUCCCGAUACAACUGAACAUGCCUGUGCUGGUAAUAUAAUACAUACGUGGGGCUCCCUAUAAAACCCCAGGGCAAUUAAUCCAUCAAUGCAUGUUUAUGUUAAACUCGGUAACUCAAAUCCAUGGUUAUCAGCAAUCCUUGUUGCAUCACUGUGUCAUUGUUUUUCACACUGCUUUCACAUGCUUAUUUGGAGAUGCUUGCCAGUGCUUUACCAUCCUCUCACUUUACUGUACCUCACUAUUCUUUUACCCUGUUAUACCUUAGUAAGCUUUUUAAAGGUCAAUCACUGUAAUCGAUGGCUAUUAAAUAUCUUAUUCAGUUUUACACUUCAUAUCCACUAACUGAUGUAUUUUGUAUGAUAAAUUAGAUUAUAAAUUAGUGUGUUAUUCUUUGAGAGGACUCUAUUGUAUGUGUUCACUGUUUUGGCGUUCUUUUGCAGUGUUUUGUCAUCAAACCUGUAGUUCUUUAUUAUUAUUAUUAUUAUUAUUAUUAUUAUUAUUAUUAUUAUUAUUAUUAUUAUUAUUAUUAUUAUUAUUACAGGACCAAUCAUUACAUUCGUGUAUUAAUUCAUUCAUUUUUGAAAUCCCUGAGAUAAAGAGGACGAUUCUUAAUGUCUGUUAAUGCAUCUCUGUAAAGUCUUAUUUAUUAAUAAACAAACGUGA